GAUGCAAUGUGUGGAAGGAGGCGAUGCACGUUCCAUAGCAUCACUAUGUGACUGCUGCUGCCUGAUAAUCUUGCUUCCAGCUCCCUGAGUCAACAACUAACUGAGGUGCCUUUUCUUUUACAAAAGGAUGUCAGCUCUGAGACCCAGGAAGAAAUAACAGACUUCACCUUGGAAUAGCUCACCUCACUCCUGCAUCAUUAAAGCGGAUUUUGUAAAGAAAACAAAAAUCAACCCCCAUUCCAGCCCCUCCUCAUUCCACCACUGAACAGAAAGAGUUUCCUGCUCCAGGAUUCAAGCACAGCAACAUAUAAGAAGAAAACAUAUCACCAAAUAUUGAUAGAGUAAAUAUAAAGGAAGGCCCACUGGGGAGAAAAGAGUGAGCUGACAUGAUCAAGAAGUGGUUUUCAGUGACUGUGAUCAACAAGGAAAGGGAAAGACAAACUCUCCUCCCACUGAAGUCUUCAUAGCCAUACAUCACUUCUUUCCUUCUUCUAACCUUGUUUCAAAUGCAGCCGUAUUCAGAAAGGUGCCGUUUAGAGAUUAAGGAAUGCGCCAGUGACCACGCGGGACCCAACUGACAAAUUGGUCAAAAAUGGUAACUUGUGUUCCCCUACUAUGAAGACUUGAAUUCUGACAACUCCAGCUUUGAUUCUCCAGUGCUUCAGGAUGUAAAUGUGGUCUGACUUUUCCCAAGCAGGCAGUUAAAUCAUGGACACUAGAAACAAUUUACUUUGGAUUGUCCUUCCAAAGGACACUUUGGUUUCUCUCUUGAAUGCUCACUAAGCAUUUGUAGCUGACAAGGAAACGAAGGACAACUGUGAACUGGAAAGCUGUCUUACAAUGAAAAUUACGAGCACAUCUUGCAUCUGUCCAGUGCUGGUGUGUCUUUGCUUUGUGCAGAGGUGUGAUGGGACUGCUCACCAAGGCUCCAUCAAGGUGACUAGAAACCAAACCAAACACCCUGAAGGGGAAACCGAAGUCCACCACCGCCCCAAAAGGGGAUGGGUAUGGAAUCAGUUCUUUGUUUUAGAAGAACAUAUGGGACCAGAUCCGCAAUACGUUGGAAAACUGCACUCCAACUCUGACAAAGGUGAUGGCUCUGUCAAGUACAUUCUUACCGGGGAAGGUGCCGGGACUAUAUUUAUCAUCGAUGACACCACAGGGGACAUUCACUCAACCAAAAGCCUAGACAGGGAACAGAAGACUCACUAUGUGCUGCAUGCCCAGGCCAUCGACAGGCGGACCAACAAACCCCUGGAGCCCGAAUCUGAGUUUAUCAUCAAAGUGCAAGAUAUCAACGACAAUGCUCCCAAAUUCACAGAUGGGCCAUACAUCGUCACUGUGCCUGAAAUGUCAGACAUGGGUACUUCUGUUCUACAGGUGACUGCCACUGAUGCAGAUGACCCUACCUAUGGAAACAGUGCUCGAGUUGUUUACAGCAUUCUUCAGGGCCAGCCCUACUUCUCCGUAGAUCCUAAAACAGGAGUUAUUAGAACAGCUUUACAUCAUAUGGACAGAGAAGCCCGAGAACACUACUCAGUGGUCAUCCAAGCCAAAGACAUGGCUGGUCAAGUUGGCGGGCUUUCAGGAUCCACCACAGUCAACAUCACCUUGACGGAUGUCAAUGACAACCCACCAAGAUUUCCUCAGAAGCACUAUCAACUGUAUGUUCCUGAGUCAGCUCAAGUUGGUUCAGCAGUUGGGAAAAUCAAGGCAAAUGAUGCGGACACGGGCUCGAAUGCUGACAUGACUUACUCUAUCAUAAAUGGAGAUGGCAUUGGGAUAUUCUCCAUCUCCACCGACAAAGACACCAGAGAAGGGAUCCUUUCCUUAAAGAAGCCAUUGAACUAUGAGAAAAAGAAGACAUAUACCCUCAACAUAGAAGGAGCAAAUACACACCUUGAUUUUCGAUUUUCUCACUUGGGUCCUUUUAAAGAUGCUACCGUGCUGAAGAUCAUUGUUGGAGAUGUGGAUGAACCACCACUUUUUUCCAUGCCUUCCUAUGUCAUGGAAGUGUAUGAAAAUGCCAAGAUUGGGACCAUUGUUGGCACAGUUCUGGCACAAGAUCCCGACAGUGCUAACAGUUUAGUAAG